CUCUCUUUCUUUCACUUUCAUGGCCUUAAAUACCCCAUUCUUCCAUCUGUUCUCUGUUAUUUUACAUUCCCAAACUGAUAGAUAUCCAUGUUUUCCCCCAUUUAAUGCCUAAGGUCUUGCAUAUGCAACACCUUAUCUUCAUUUUGUUCCACUUUUUUUCGAGUUUUUUCAAUCAUCUUUUCAGCUCACAUGGCCUCAAGGACCAUACCAUCCAAGCCUGCAAGACAACUGGGUGAACUCCUUGAAGAACAACAAGAGCCUUUUAUCUUAGAAGUUUACCUUUCAGAAAAAGGGUGUGGUGCCAAGAACUUAACUCCCAUCCAUGGUGGUUCAACCAAAAACAAGACCAAAAAGGGUAUCCCACAACACAUCCCCAAGGUACUUAAACUUAUACCAUGUAACAAAUUCUUUACAAGCAAAGGGUUAAGAAGAACCAAUAAUCCCAAUGAUGAAGAUGGAAAGACAGAUACAUUUUCUUGCUCAGCACUGUGUAAUUCAAGCUCAGAUAGUGACAUAGAUGAAGAAGAAGCAUCAUCAUCAUCAAUGUCUUCAAAAAUGGCAGAAAAAGCUGUUGUAGAUACAAACAUGGAAGAUACUAAGCAACACAGUCCACAAUCAGUAUUAGAAGCUAUGUCUACUUCCACAGGUUCCAAUACAAUGCAGAAAAGCUUCAUUUGGCCCAAGUUAAUAACAGAGGAAUCAAUAUUAUCAGCUACACUAUGGAAUUUGCUUCUACAAACAACAGAUUCAGAACAGUCAAGUGGUUCAUCACCAUUUUCAAUGUCAAAAAGGGUAUUACAGCAAACAAAGCAGCUACUGUUAGACUGUGUAAGAGAGCUUGUGGAUCAUAACAAUGGCUGUAUGAAAGAAGGGAAAGGGAAAAGGUAUUUAGGGUCAGAAGAGAUUGGGAAUGUUAUCUGUGAGAAAAUAAAAGGAUGGGGAAAACAACGUGGGGAUGAAACAAACAUACAAGAGAUGUUGGAAUUGGAUGUAAUUGAAACAAAGCAAGAAUGGGAGGGUUUUGAGAUUGAAUCAUAUAAAAAGGAGAUGGGGAUAUGUAUUGGAAAUGCCAUUGUUGAAGAGCUUAUAAGUGAUGUUGUUAUGGAUAUGAUUGAUGGAUUGAUUUUGUUAGAUAACAUAACAUGAAUGUAAUUUUGGUUUUGCUUUGCUUCUAA